AUGGGUGCCGACGAGAAGACGCGCGUCUCUGGCGAGGUGACGCGAGAGCAAGACUCUCCCGUCCUGCCGACCGUCAACCCCGAUGCGCAAAAGUCGGAGCCGGCCAAGGCCGCUGUUCAUCCAGCGCUCUACGUUAUUGUCUGGAUCAGCUUGAGCUCCUCGGUCAUCCUCUUCAACAAAUGGAUUCUGGAUACUUUGCAGUUCCACUAUCCCGUGAUCCUCACGACCUACCACUUGACCUUCGCGACGUUGAUGACGCAGAUCCUGGCUAGGUACACCUCGCUUCUCGAUGGCCGCAAGACUGUCAAGAUGACGGGCCGGGUUUACCUGAGGGCAAUCGUGCCGAUCGGGUUGAUGUUCAGUUUGAGCUUGAUCUGCGGCAACUUGGCCUACCUCUACUUGUCAGUCGCCUUCAUUCAGAUGCUCAAGGCGACCACCCCCGUCGCGGUCCUGCUCAGCAGUUGGUCCAUGGGUAUCAGCCAGCCCAGCUUGAAGGUCUUCCUGAACGUGUCCGCCAUCGUCGUUGGUGUCAUCAUUGCCUCAAUCGGCGAGAUCAAGUUCGUCAUGUUUGGCUUCUUGAUCCAGAUUGCAGGAAUUGCCUUCGAGGCCAUCCGUCUCACCAUGGUCCAGCGGCUCCUGAGCUCUGCUGAGUACAAGAUGGACCCCCUCGUCUCGCUGUACUACUUUGCUCCUGUCUGCGCUACCAUGAACUUCCUGGUCGCCAUUUUCUGGGAGGUUCCCAAGGUGUCGAUGGAGGAGGUCUACCACGUCGGUCUCUUCACGUUCUUCCUGAACGGACUUGUUGCAUUCCUCCUCAACGUUUCCGUUGUGUUCUUGAUUGGCAAGACUUCCUCCUUGGUCCUUACCCUUUGCGGUGUCCUCAAGGAUAUUCUGCUCGUGGCCGCUUCCAUCUUGAUCUGGGGUACCCAAGUUACUGGCCUCCAGUUCUUCGGCUACAGCAUUGCUCUUGCCGGCAUGGUUUACUACAAGCUUGGAUUCGAGCAGCUCAAGGGAUAUGCCGAUGAGGCUGGCCGCCAGUGGGCCGAGUUCGGAAACAGCCGACCGGUGCUUCGCAAGCUUAUUGUCAUUGGCUCUGCUGUGUCUUUGAUCUUCGUGCUGUUUGGUGGCCUGGCCCCAACGUACGCCCCUGGCUACAUCCCAGAUGUCCCCAGCGCGAACGAGCUCUGGAGUGCGGCUGCCAACAAGGUGAGCUCGCUGGGUUCUUAA